UUUCAGGGCGCUCCAUAAAUUUGGGAAAGGAAGAACAUGUUAUUUGAUGAUCUGAUGAGAUAUUUUGUUUAAAAGGGCUUCAAGCAGGCUAUCAAGGAGACACUUGAGAAGCGAACGGAGACGAGAUGCUGUCUACUCUGUUCCUGCUACUACCGGUUUUCGGUCCCACUCUGGCCUGGAUCCCAGUGGAGGACUGGGGGUCCGGCAACGUGACGUCGUCAGUGGGGAGUUUGGGUGAGUGUCUUUGUCACGUGUACCUGCCCGACACCACCUUCCCUGCCGAUCGGGUGCAGCACAUGCAACAGAUUAGCAAGGAUCUGAUCCAGGAAGUGGAGAUUCAAAUCAACAAGAUCAAAACGUAUGAAACCAAACUGGAGAGCCAUUUGGAAGAACUGAAGAAACUCCUGGAUCGAGUGGCCAUCUUGGGCUCCAGCGCCGACGACUACAUCAAACUGGACUUUGAGCUGCUCAGGAUCGAGCUCCGAGAGUUCGAAUCUCUGGUUUCUCAGCUCAAAGAUGCCUUCAAUUCCUCCUCACCCAUGUUUGACUCUCUCUAUACUGAGAUUCGCAACAUGACUCACAUUGUCAACACGCUGGAGUCGUACGACAAGAGCAACCUGCAGGUGAUCCGCAUCGAGUUCGCCAAACUGCAGAAGAAGCUCGAGGAGUGCCAGAAGGAACAAGAGUUCUUGAAGCCAGAUAUCGGAAACUGCAAUCACACAGGAAUCAUGAGACUCAGCAAACCCAUGGUUAGCCAACUCAACUCUCAUCUGCAGACAAGUUAUGUCCUGGGCGGAUGGGGGAAGGACUCCAAACCCGCUAAAGGGUCCGAAUCCAUGUACUUCUAUAGCGGAUCCAGUGGCAUGAUAACAAACCAGUUCUAUUUUUACCCAGACUAUAAACAUCUGCUUCUGAUGUCAACAUCUGAUUCCCUUGAGAUGUCGCCCACUUACAGAGGCUAUGGUAACAAUUACAUAGUCCACGGUAACAAUAUUUACUAUCAGAGAUACUCGCCAUUUAGUAUGGGCAAGUACAAUCUUACCAGUAAACUAUACGACUCGAGAGUGAUUCCGACCGCCACCACGGAGUUCUCGUACAGUUACUGGGGUGGCCAGAACAUGGACUUUGCGGCGGAUGAAAAGGGAUUGUGGGUCAUGUACGCCUCUGAGGAGAGCAAAGGUAAAAUAGUCAUCGCAAAGAUCGACGAGAGAGGCUUCGGCAUCGAGAACGUGUGGAACACUGGCGCCUACAAAAAGAUGACCGGCAAUGCCUUCAUGGCCUGCGGGGUCAUGUACGCCACCAGGUCUGUGGACCUGAACACGGAGGAGAUCUACUACUCUUACGACACCAAGAGCGGCGAGGAGAAACAGCUGAACAUUCGCUUCCCCAAGUUCCAGGAGAGGUACGCCAGCCUGGACUACAACCCCACCGAUCAGCUGCUCUACAUGUACAACGACGGCUACUACGUGUCUUACCAUGUCAAGUUCAACAUGGCGUGACGGCCCUCUUCGGGAUCAGCUGCAUUUUCAUUGAUACGGUUGACCUUUA